GAAAAGAGAUCUUCUUCAAACAAGUAAUGUCAGAAGAAUCAAAACAAAUCAAAGAGAUUGAACCAGAUAACGCAAGUUCAACUUCAGAAAACUCCACAAACUCACAAUUCCAUAACGCUUGGUCCAAGUCAUUAUUAUAUACAGCAUAUGGUAUUUUAAUACUCACCACAUUUGUGGAAAGUUUCGCCGCUGAUUCAACAAGUUCAUUGAAUUCAUUUGCAACUUCAAGUUUCAACAAUCAUUCAUUAAUCUCCACUGCACAAGUUGUUUAUAAAAUCACUGCAGUCUGUGGAUAUCCAUUGUUAGCCAAAGUGGCUGAUUUAUUAGGCCGUGGUGAAGGGUUUGGACUCACUGUGCUAAGUUAUGCUUUAGCUUAUGUCUUGUUUGCAACUUGUAAAAAUGGUGCAAGUUAUGUUGUUGCAGAGAUCUUUUUCGCAUUGGGUCGUAUUGGGUUUAAACUAUUUCAACAGAUUUUUUUAGCAGAUACAACAACUUUGGUCAAUAGAGCAAUUUGGUCAACUUUACCUAAUGCGAUUUCUGGUGUUCCUUCGAGUUAUGCUGGCUCUUAUAUCCAGGAUGCGUUUUUGGAGAAAUCUUCAUGGAGAUGGGCUUAUGGUAGCUUUGCAAUUAUUUUAGGUGUUUGCACUAUACCUUUAACUAUAACUAUGUUGAUUGUGGACCAUAAGGCAAAGGCCAAAGGUGUUAGAAAAAGUCCAAAAGUUUUACAAAAUUUACGGGCAAAGGCUAAACAUUUAUUGAUUUAUGAAUUAGAUAUAAUUGGAGGAGUGCUACUAGUUUUCGGUAUUGCUUUAUUUUUCAUCCCAUUCACAUUAACUGGGAAACAAGCACCAUACAGAUGGUCAGAAGGUCGUCUCAUUGCCAUGAUUGUGGUUGGUUUUUUGAUAAUCGUUGGAUUCAUUACAUGGAACGCAAUGUCUAAACAUAAACCAUUCAAGGGAAGAAUUCCAUUUAUCCCACCACAAUCAUUAUCAUACACCACAAUCAUCAUCACAUUAAUAAUGGUUGCGUUAGAUGCAUGUGAGAAUUCAACUUUUAAUACGUAUUUUUCAACAGUUUUACAAGUUGGUGGUUAUUACACAGCUGGACAAGCUACAAGAAUUGAUAAUGCUAAGAAAAUUUCAAUUGAUAUUGCAUCUGUGAUCACUGGUGUGUUAAUGAAAUUUACACAUAGAACCAAAGUAUUUGUAUUGGUUGGUGUCCCCGUUUUGAUCAUUGGUCAUGGAUUAUUAGUUUGGUUUAUGAAUCGUGAUGGUGUCAUGGAACGUACAAUUUUAUUAUAUGUUAUGGAGAUCUUCACAGGUGUUGGUAGAGCCUUGUAUCAGUGUUCAUUACAAGUUACAAUUCAAGGUAUUGCUGGUGUUGGAGGAAUAGCCAUGUCUACUGGGUUUUUCUUAGCUUUUAGUAUGGUUGGUUCGUUAAUUGGUAAUGCAAUUGCUGGAGGGAUUUGGAAUGAAUUGCUUUUAGACAAAUUACAAAAAUAUUUACCAAUUGAAGAGAAAAAGAAUGCUACAAAGAUUUACAAGUCUAUAAAUGUUGCCCUAAAGUACCAAAAAGGUUCAAUAGAAAGGAUUGCAAUUUCUAAAGCAUAUAGAGAAACUAUCCAAAUAAUAGGGUAUACAGCAUUGGGGAUAAUUGGACCAAUGUUGGUGCUAAUGUUUUUCGUUAGAGAAGUUAAACUGGAUGAUAAAAGAGAUAUUUAUGGGUCAGAUACUGAAAGUAUUGUUAUUGAUGAAGUUAAAAAGGCAGUCUUGACAGAAAAGAGAACCUGGAAGAAUUGGUGGAGGGUGUAA